AUGCAUAUGAACUUCCUUCUAUUGGCCAGUACGGCAAUGACUGUGCUGGCCCAUCCUGGUCAUCAUGAGCCUGAAUCACGCGCUACAAUUCAGCGUCGAAGCCAUCUUGGGAGGCGCUGCGCAGAUCAUGUUGCCACAUUUAACAAGCGUCGCAUAAAUAAACGCUCACUGACCAAACGCUGGGAGGGAAACCACAACACCACUUUCGAGAUCCAGACCGAAGCUCCGUACUAUGAGAACAUUCAGAAUGAUACCUGCGUUCUCGCCCCAGAAGUGACUCGUGGACCUUACGUCUGGCCUCGAUCUCAGACUUUGCGCCAAGAUAUGACAGAAGAUCAGAUCGGGAUCCCACUGUGGCUCGACAUUGGUGUUUUGGAUAUGAACACCUGCGAACCGCUUCCCAAUGCGCUGGUUGAUUUCUGGCACUGCAAUGCCACUGGAUCUUAUUCUUCCUUCACUGGCCUGUCGCCUAAUACCCCCUUCGAGGAGCUUCUCUCGAGCAUGGAUAUUUCCGACUUUGAAACCGGCGUCACGGAUCUGCACACCGACGACUCAACCUGGUUGCGUGGAAUGUGGCCUACAGAUGCGCAUGGCAUGAUGGAGAUGAAGACCAUAUUCCCCGGUUUCUAUGUCGAACGCGCUAUCCACAUUCACGCCCAAGUCCAUACCGAUUGGACGACUCGAGAGAACGGCACUAUUGUCGCAAGCAACACCGUCAGCACUGGUCAGCUAUACUUCGCAGAGGAGCUUGAGGAGAAAAUUAUGGCAUUGGAGCCUUAUGUCUCCCACACCCAGAUCAACCGCACCACCAAUGCCAAGGAUACCCUUAUCUCUGGCAGCUUCGAGGAUGGAUAUAGCCCUAUUAUAUCUGUUGUCCCUGCCGACGGUAAGGAUAUCAAGAAUGGUAUGAUCGGUUACAUCACCAUCGGUGUCGAUACUUCUGCUAUCGAAAACUUCAAGAAAUAA